AACCCUAACCAUAACCAUAACCAUAACCAUAACCCUAACCCUAACCAUAACCCUAGCCAUAACCCUAACACUAACCAUAACCCUAGCCAUAACCCUAACCCUAGCCAAAACCCUAACCCUAGCCAUAACCCUAACCCUAGCCAUAACCCUAACCCUAGCCAUAACCAUAACCCUAACCAUAAACAUAACCAUAACCCUAGCCAUAACCAUAACCCUAGCCAUAACCCUAACCCUAGCCAUAACUCUAACCCUAGCCAUAACCCUAACCCUAACCCUAACCAUAACCCUAGCCAUAACCCUAGCCCUAACCCUAACCCUAGCCAUAACCCGAACCAUAACCCUAACCCUAGCCCUAACCCUAACCAUAACCCUAGCCAUACACCUAGCCAUAACCCUAGCCAUAACCCUAACCCUAACCAUAACCCUAACCAUAACCCUAACUCUAGCCAUAACCCUAACCCUAGCCAUAACCCUAACCAUAACCCUAACUCUAGUCAUAACCCU